AUGGGGGUGGAUGGCAUGUAUGAGAAGAGCAGAAUGCUGAAUAUACAAAACAGCACAUGGGGUAGUCGUCAGGAGUGGUACCAAGACAGUUUGGUGACAGGAUCACUCAACUCUGACAGCUGUCAGCAGCUGGAAAGUAGCUUGGAUCCUGAGCACCCCCAAGGAGGCAGCAGCCAAGAUCUAGACGAGUCCCAAAUCCGUUUGCAACUGAAGCGCAAAUUGCAAAGGAACCGAACUUCUUUUACACAGGAGCAAAUAGAGGCGCUGGAGAAAGAAUUUGAGCGUACUCAUUACCCUGAUGUCUUUGCCCGUGAACGCUUGGCAGCAAAAAUUGAUCUCCCUGAAGCCCGGAUCCAGGUCUGGUUCUCCAACCGUCGAGCUAAAUGGCGUCGGGAAGAGAAACUGCGGAGCCAGAGGCGCCAAGCAGGUGGCACUGGGGGGCAUCUGAUCAUAAACAGCAGUUUUGGCGCUGUGGGCAGUGCUGUCUACCAGUCACUCCCCCAGCCUAUAGGGUCAGGUGCAAUGUUGGGCCAUUCGGAAAGUGUCCUCAGCAACAGCUAUGGUUCUCUCCCACCUUUACCCCCCUUCUCCAUGGCCAACAACAGCCUCCCUAUUCAGCAGGCAGUGCCCCCUGUUGCCAGCCAGACAUCGCCUUAUUCCUGCAUGAUUCCUGGCAGCCCAUCGGUGCGAAGUUAUGAUUCAUACACGCCCUCCCAGCUCCCCUCUCAUAGUCUGAACUCCAGCAGUGGGACCUCUACCGGGUUAAUCUCUCCGGGAGUGUCAGUUCCCGUACAAGUCCCAGGUGGGGACUCUGAUCUUGCCCAGUAUUGGCCGCGGCUGCAAUGA